CCGCCGCCCGCCCCGCUCCCUCAGGCCUCCGCCGGGCGCUCGGCGGCCAUUAUCCCGCCCAGCCGCCGGGGCUUGCGGGCGGGGCGGGGGCCGGCGGCGGCAUGAGGGAAGGCGGCGAGCGGCGGGCGGCAGAGCCCGACCGCCUGGCGCUGGAGCUGGGGCGGGAGAGGCGGAAGAAGCAAAUGCUUGAAACCUCAAUGUUUGAACUGAGAAACACUGUAACAGAACUGGAAAAAAGACUUAGCAGUGUUGAAGAUGAAGGUAGUGAAUGGAAAACCAGAUAUGAGACACAAGUAGAAUUGAACAAACAGCUGGAAAGGCAAAUUAAUAUUCUUCAAGACAAGAUGGAGCUUAUUCGUGGAAAUCCAGCAGGAAGAAAUAAAUUGUCCAUUGUUCGCACCUUUGAUCAAAUGCCUGUGGGUUCCUUAAAGGAGGUUCUUAAACGACUAGAAGAAGAGAAGAAAAGUCUCCAGAACCAGCUAAAAGACUAUGAACUUAGACUGGAACAAGAAGCAAAGGCUUACCACAAAGCUAAUGAUGAGCGGCGCAUGUACCUCUCGGAGAUCUUACAGACCUCAGCGACGCUUCAGAUUGUUCAAAGGCAAAAAACAGAUGCUCUGACUGGCAAGGGAGAAAACCAGAUACUGAGGCAGAGCACUGUCAGUUUGCAGAGAAGUAAAAUUCAUGCUGAUAAGAAGAUUAAAGGCUGUUUAGAGUAUCAUCAUUUGUGGUCCAUGGAGAACUUGAAAGCCAUAUAUUCUACUGGUGAUACCUGCAGGAUAAAAAUACUAGUAACAUCUUGUUUCCCUGAAAUGGUUGUAGCUACUCAUGCCUACAGGCAGUAAAUAAAGCUAAGUGUCACAAAGGAGAACAGACAUCAGGCUUGCAAAUAAGAAUGACUGCUUUCGGUAUGAAAAUGCCUGAUCUAAGAAGCUUGAAAUUUCAAAAAAUAAUUGAGAAGAUUUGUUCAGCCCUACAUUUCCACCUGAAGUGAAAUAACUUUGCACAGCUGCCUUGUCAAAGCAAAAUAGCGUGUUUGAAGCUAAACUGAAGAAAUGUAUCAUCUGAGUUACUGACCUUCUAUUAGUUGAAAAUACUUAUCGCAUGGGGAGCACCAGGGGUUGUUUAUUAGACUCACCAGUUUUAUUCAGACAUUACUCAGUGGUAAGUAGAGUGCAGCCCUGCAGGUUUGCAAUGCUUCCAAGAACCAUCUGAAUGAAAAUCUCUUUUUAUUGUCCUUUUUUUUUUUUUUUUUUUAAAUCUAUGAACAAUUCAGUUCAUUUAGGGUUGAACAUAAUUUGAUUUAGGGAUUUAGAAGAACCUCAGGAACCUUAUGAAGUUCAACAAAACAAAUGCAAUCUCCAACCUCUGGAACAGGAAAAACCCCAGGCAUCAACACAGGCUGGGAACCAACAACUGGAAAGCAGCUUUGCAGAGAAGGAUGCAGGGGCUCUGCUGGACAAGUUGACCGAGAGCCAGCAAUGCACCCCUGCGUCAAAGGCGGCCAGCAGCCUCCUGGGCUGCAUCGGCAUGAAUGGCCAGGGAAGCAAUUCUUCCUGUCAAUUUGGCACUUGUGAAACUGUAUCUAGAGCGCCGUGUCCAGUUUGGGGCUCCCCAGUACAAGAAGGCCAUGGACGUACUGGCUUUGGAGAAAAGAGGAAUACUGUAGGAUGGAAUCCAUCUCACUUUCCUUGCCUUGAAAGUCAGUGUGGUAUUCAGGUGCCCACCAUGUUUUUAUACAAAGCUUACCUAGUUCUCUUUAAAGAGGGUUUUCUAGCUGUUAGGGUUCGGGCUUUUUGAAGGAAACCCAGUGCUCUACCUAGUUUGAUUUAUCUUGAAGAACUGAUCAUAUUAGAAAUUACAUUCAUCGUCAAUGCGCCAGCUCGUACUGAAGUUCAGAACUUCUUGCUGUCGUCACUGUUCUGUGUCCUUUGCUUUGGCCGAUUCAUUGCACACUGGCAAUCUGUUUACUGUCACCGAGUCCUCCUUCAGUUCUAACAGCUGUUGUCCUGUUUCUUCCAUUAACUUCUUUUCUGGACUUAGCUUUUCAACUUCUCUAAAUAGGGAUAGUACCAUGUGAUUACAAAAGCUGUGUGAUUACAGCGAAGGUGGACUAUCUAGGCUUUUUUCCUUCCUCUUCCAUUCACUGCUGAAGACUUUCACACACCAGUUACGUGUGCAAAGACUCUGACAUUUCCAUGAGCUAAUCAGAAUAUGCAUAAGGACACUUAGAGGAUUGUCUUCCCUUUACAAAUGUUUCAGUGACAGCCACAUUGGGGUGUUUUAUUCCAGGACACAGAAAAAAGUACCUGAAAAAGUAGUUUAUUUCCCAUAAUCUGGAAUGUUAUAAUUAUUUUAUGUUUAAAAAUAUUCAAGAGGAAUUCUUGCUGUUGUAGGGUGAAGUCAGUUGUUAAUUAUUUACAUUUUCUCCUUUAUUCAGCUAUUCUUUCUACAUAAUUAAAAAUUCCUUCCCAUCCAACAAGAAGUCUGCGUUCCAGCUGAGUUUGAGUCUCCUAGAGGGGAAAGGGUUUUUUUGUUAUUGCUGGUUUUUAGUCAUCCCCUGCUGCUAUCCUGUCGUCCAGUCAAAACAGAAUGAAUUUGCAAAAGGCUUCCAGCAGCAGAAAAGCCUCUGAAGCUUUGCUGUAAAAUAAUGCGUACAAUGUACUGGAAAACAAUUGAGCUCACAGUGCUGGAAUAUAAACUCAUAGUAACAAACCACUCACUAAUAAGUUUGACACACUAAGUCCAAUAUUGAUUUGAAACGAUUUCCUGUAGAUCUUGUGCAUUGUGAAAGUGGGAAGUGGAUGUAAUAAAGAGGCUAACACAAUUAACUUAUAAAAGUGUAUAGAGUGAAGCAAAUAAUCACACAGAAGUUUUAAAUGACUGAUAAAUAUUUGGUCAGAUUUCAUCUUACUGUGGCAAAAGCCUUGCCUGUUUUCUCUGAGAAUAUUGUGACAUGCCUAAGAGCAAUCAGGUAUCUAAAGUGACUUAGUAUCCAAAUCAAGAAUUUUUGAAAAAAAUACAUUUCCUGAUUAGUUUAACUCACUAGAUUGCCUGUGGACUGUCAGUGUUGAUGCGAGGAAUUGGCAGUUUCAUGCACAAGUAGAUACAGAUUCUUCUAGACGUCACCGAAAUGGAAUCUGAAAAUAGUCUACAAAUAUGUACAGUGUUGUCCCUACUGAAUCCUGUGGAAAUCAUCCCGUAAGUCAGAAAAGCACAGAAGACAAUCUAGAUUCUGGUUGGAAUGCAGGAUGGAAGGCUAAUCUGAACAUUACUUGUGUUUUAAAAUCAGUUUAAUUAAAUUCAUGAACACAGCUGAAUGGACACGCUUUUCUUUAGUAUAUAAAUAAGGCAGUACUGCAACACCAGUCAGAAAAGUAAUGUGGGAGUCGUAUACAUACAGCAUGCUUAUGCAUCUAUCAUGUUCCGGGGAAUGUGGAUCCAAUACCACUGAGUAAAUCUAUUCCUUGUGACAGUUUGAUGGGGGUUUUUUUGGAUCUUUUCUUGCUGCAAUAUUGUAGAACAUAGUCAGAGAUAUCAAGAUUUAUUCUGAUGUCUCCUACGUGGAGUCCCUAUCAGAAAACAGCAUUAGCUGGAUGUUCUCAAAGAGCUGCUUCUGAAUGGGCUGCCAAUCUGAGAUAGCGGAAAGGACAUACUCUCUAUUAUCUUAUGUAUUAUUAUGAGCCAUUUUAUUAAAAUGAAAAGUUUGUUGUCCAGCUUAUUCUGUAUUACCUUUCUGUCCUUCUGUCUUCUUCCUGCUUUGCAAAGCUUUUUACAAUCUUCUCAUCCUUUUUUAAAGAUCUGUGUGAAGAAUAUGCUCUAUACAAUACUGUUGUGCUGAAAGUUUUACUAAAAAAUUAAGAUUUUUGUGGUUUAUGACCUAUUCAGACAACCAACCUGUUACACUAAAUAUUAAUUUUAAAUUGUUUUAUACAACCAAAACAUUUGGAAUACACAAAUACUUUCCAAAUAUUAAUUAGUUAUCAAAUUAUUUUUCUGUCCCUGUUAGACUGUAAGCUCGGAAGUGUAUGUUACAGAGCCAAACAUGUUUAGGGUAUUAGACAAAAGCAACAGGCCAAAUUCAGACAGAUGAUGCUCAGCCAGAUUGUUGUGUAUGGCUCAGUAAGCUUCUACUGUCUAAUACUUAAAAUAUUUUGUUUAACAAUGCUA